GAAUUUUCCGAAAGCGGAUGAAACGACGCCAUAUCUAAUCCGAAAGCUUGGUAUUGUACUCAGUUGAAACUCUUCCUGGUUAGAAUGGAGAGUAAAAUGCCACAACCUGCACAAGGAGCGAGUUCUUCGACUGCCAAUCCGCAGAGCACCACUAAUUCCAGCCAAAAUUCUCCUGGAAAAUACGCAGAGCUUUUAGCAGUGAUCGAAGAAUUAGGAAAAGAUAUUCGUCCUACCUACGCUGGCAGUAAAAACGCCGCUGAACGAUUAAAGAAGGGUAUUAUGCAUGCUAGGGUGUUGGUUAGGGAAUGCCUCGUGGAAACUGACAGAUGUGCAAGACAGUAGCACCAAUGACCAGGUCAGCUCUUGUCAGGAAUAAAUGUCUGUUAUGAAGUAACAUUUCAAGAAAGCUGGAAGAUGUGGCCAUGGAAAGCUGUAACUGGAGAAGAAGUAUGAUGCAUCAAGCAAUUAGCAAAAUUCUCUGAUUCAAAAAUGCAUUUUUCAAUCUCUGAAGUCCAAACUUUUUCACCCUGGGAGCUAAAGAGAACUAUACAAUCAUGUAGAUGAUAUUGUGAUAGAGAAGUAUGCUCCAGAAAGCAUAUAACUUUCCUCUCUGCAAUGAAAAAUUGUCAAAAAAUUUUUCUCUUGCUGCUGUUUUUAUUCAUUUUUUUUAAUAGUAAGCUUAAACCUUUAGAAAAUUGUUGUAAAAGGUGUUAAAAGUUUGUCCAGGGAUGUCACCACUUUGAACUUUGUUCUGCAACUUGGCUGCUAACAUAUGAAGUAAUAAACCUUUACUUUGCAACAUGGAAUCAAUUUGAACAUGAGCUCAGGCUGAAUGAGGACAUAGAGGUGGAUAAUGAAGCAAGAACUGUUUGAGAAGCACAAGUUUUGUAUCCUGCCAUCAUUCAUAUGCAGCCAGGUUACUGAGCUGUUUUUAAAAUGGUGGCAUUGGAAGCUUAAUUGUUAGCACAUGAGAAAACUUUUUUUUAAAGGUCAGUGAUCUGAAAGAGGUCCUAAAAAGCAACGAGUAUUGAAUGGCAGAGAUGGAAAUUAUGAUAUCUGCAGCAAACCUCUCCUUUAACAUACAUUACUUAAAAGAAAAAAAACAACCACAACAACAAGAAGAAAUAAAAAAACAGUGAAGUGCUAUUGAAUAUCAGUAGAAGGACUAUGUAUAAUUAGAGCUGUGAGGUUCAAACCUAUUGUGUUCUCAGUAAAUAUAACUAAUAUUGAUAUAGUAUUUAUAAUUACAAUUGAUUUGCAAAUAAAAGUAAUCAAUCCAAUAUGAAGGACACCUUUAUUUAUUGUUAGAGAUGUACAUGUAUUAAUUGCCAGUAUUCAAUGGUGUGUUGAAUGGUUUGCUGCCAAUUUUAAACUAUAUGAUUUACCAGAGGAAGUUUUUCUGAUUUUCAUGGCAACAAUACUUGUGAAAGUAUUCCUUUCAAAUGUUUAGCUAAUGUAGAUCAAGUAACAGAUGUAAUUUGAUGACUCAUUUCUGAUUAGGAAAUUGUUCAUUUCCUAACUCUUGCAAGAGAAAUACCAUGAAGUAACCAUAAAAUGACUAUAAAACAACCUCCCCUAGCUUUGUUCUUUUGAGUUGACACACCUUAACCCUGUUACUCCCAAGAUCUCAAUGGUAAUUCUGUCUGGCAUACCAUUCCUACAAUGACGGUUUUGUUGAUUUUGUAUCUCACCAACUAGUUAUCCCCAAUAGAUAUAACCAUUAUUCUCAUCACUUGUCUACUUGAUAUUGUAUUGAUAACAUUGUAUUGAUACUGUAAGGAGAAAUUCUGUCUUGGUCAAACUCAUAGGAGGUUUUUUUGGAUGUAUGAGGAAAAAUGAUGUGAAGAUCGUGUAAUGUACAGUAGAACCUUUGAUUAUACAUUGUUAUUGCUGUACAAAUGCAAUAAGUUGCAGCAAGUUUAAUUGUAGUGUUGCUGCACAUUUUCAAUAGCACAUUUUUCACUCUUUGCCAUGCCAACCAGAAUUGUCAGAAUAAAACAUACCAUUUGCCUAUAGAA